UAUGAAUGAAAAGAUUGGCGGAGUUGAAGGAACCAAACUAGAUGAAGACUUCUUCGAAAUGGAAAGGAAAACGGACAUCAUGUGCGAGCUGGUGGAGGACCUUCAGCUCAAGACGAAGGAGUUCCUCCACCCUAACCCAGCCUCCAGGGCCAAGAUGUCCGCAGUCAAGGGUAUCGGCAAGUUGUCCGGGCAGGCCAAGGCGUCCACCUACCCCCAGCCUGAGGGUGUUUUGGGUGAGGCCAUGGCUGGCUACGGCAAGAGGCUCGGCGAGGACAACCCGUAUGCGGCGGCCCUGGUGGAGACGGGAGAGAGUAUGAAACAGAUCGCUGACAUCAAGUACAACCUGGAUGACAACAUGAAGAUAAAUGUGUUGGAGCCACUUCAUCAGUUAGCUACCAAAGAUAUCAAGGAAGUGCAGCACCACCGCAAGAAGCUGCAAGGAAGGAGGUUAGACUUCGAUUGCAAGAAGAGAAAAAAGGAUAAGGCAGGCUCAUGUUACUGAUGAUGAAAUUAAAAUGGCAGAGGACAAGUUUGCUGAAUCGUUGCACUUGGCACAGAUGGGCAUGCACAACCUCCUGGAGAAUGAUGU